AUGACCUCUCAGUUCUUGUCAACCAUAGGUGAGAAUCCUGUCAACAUUUUUGACGGCUCAACGGCCUUUUCAGACUUUUCUUUGGAACUUGUGAAGUCCUAUGUCGACGGAGUAAUUCAAAGUCAGAGCAACGACAAUGACAGUAAGAGACUGCUCGACGAAAUCACCAUAGAUGGCUUAGAUGCAAACCAAGUUUGGCAACAAGUUAGGCUGGUUAUGGAAAGUAGCGGCUCACAGCUGCUGGAAAAAAUUGGCGAGGUGAGAAGGAUCACCGAUGAUGUCAUCGGUAGCGAUAGCGAACCAGCUGAAAGUGAAGAAUACUCGCAAGAUGAAGAUGAUGAAACGGUACCAGCAUUAGAGUUUUCCGAGAGCGAAAGUAUGGAUAGUUAUGCUGAUGACAUCCGACACAAAGAGGAGAAUGAGUCGGAUGAAGAAGAAGAAAAUGAAAGUGGAAGUGAGAAAUAUAUGAACAAGGAUAGCGAGGCAGAUAGCGACGAGAACGAACGUGAAUCUUUGAACGAACCACUCGCUAAACUCGGUGGUGAUUUGGAAAGUGCUAGUCCAGCAGCAAGUGCCUCUAAGAAGAAGGACGAUUACGGUUUGAAUGACGAGUUUUUUGAUCUCGAGGAAUUUAACAAACAAACGCUCAAAGCAGAAGAUGGCGAGGAUAACGCCGACGAGGAUAUCGACUACUUUGCCGAAAUGCCAUCAGAUGAGGACGAGGAAGCCGAUUAUUAUGACGAUUUUUUCGACAAGCCUAAGGUUGCCGGACGCGAUGAUUUUAGUCGAGGAGCCGAAGGCAGCGAAAGCGACUUUGGAAACUCAGAAAGUGAUGCUGACUAUGAAGUCUUCCGUGCCAUGGAGUCUGCAAAGAUGGAUUUAUUUGCGAACGACGAUGAUCAGGUCGAAUCUAAUGAUGAAAAAAAUGAUGUUGAGGAACUAUCGACAUUCCAGCGUCAGCAACUUGAAAUUCAGCGUCAGAUUGCACAGCUUGAGAAAGAGGCUGUUGCUGAGAAGAAGUGGGCUUUAAAAGGUGAAGUAAAAGCUAAGGAUAGACCUGACGACGCUUUGUUGACUGAGGACAUCGAGUUCGAAAGAACAUCGAAGCCGGUGCCGGUCAUAACUGCUGAGGUGACAGAGUCUUUGGAGGACUUAAUUCGUAGAAGAGUUCUGCAUUUCGAGUUCGAUGAUCUAGCUAGAAGAGUUAUUUCUAGCACCAAUUUUUCAGGACCGAAACGUCAAUUUGACCUCAGUGAUGCCAAAUCCUCGAAAUCGCUAGCAGAACUGUAUGAGGAUGAUUACAAAGGAGGUUCACAGGAAGCAGACGUUUCGGAAGAGCUCCAAAAAGCACACGACGAAAUCUCAGAACGCUUUAACGAUCUCAUGUACAAGCUAGAUGCUCUCUCGUCUGCUCAUUUCGUUCCAAAACCAGCUCAAAAGCAAUUAGAGGUGAAGGUUCAGAGUGCCGCUCUCAACAUGGAAGAUGCUCAGCCGUUAACAAUGUCGACGGCCUCUACACUUGCCCCACAAGAAGUAUACACCCCUGGCGCGGUCCGUGGUACAAACGAAGUGUCUUUGAAAAACGGCACUGUGAUGUCCAGAGACGAACUUUCUCGGGAAGACAAAAAUAGAUUGAGACGGGCAUUGAAGAGAAAGAGAUCCAAACACGCACAAUCCAAGUCAGAAGAUCCAAGAAAGAAAACCAAGCGCGACGAUGUUAUAGAUUCGUUAUCCCAAGCCAGAAAUGUGACAAUCAUUGGUAAAAAGGGAGAGAAAACCGACGUUAGGGGUAAUGCGAAGAAGUCAAGGGCAUCGGAACCCAAAAACUUUAAAUUAUAG